GGGGGACGGAGGGGAGCUGCCUGGGCCCCGCUCUGCAGCGCCGGCUCCGCCCCGGGCCCGGAUUGGCGAGGCCGCGGCGGCUCCACCCCGAACAAGUUGGCUCCGCUGUGGGGGGAUCCGGCUGUGCCGAGCGACCGGGGUCUGCUGAGCCGCCCGUCCGCCACCGGCUCCGGGCCCCCCGCUGCUCUGCGACCCAGGCGGGCCGGCGCCCUGUACCCGAAAUGUCAUUCCCGGGAGUGUGCAAGAAACCCUAGAGAACUGUAAUGUCUAAGCCUACACGGAGUGACAACGCUAAGAUGCUAGCUUUCUCUGCUGCUUGAUCCUGCAGUGAUGCCAUAAUGCUGAAUUUUGGACAGCCCUCAUCAUUACCAUGGCAACAGACUGAUGUCACAGACUCAAGGACAUGACUUCAAUGCAUGAUCAUGCAGAGGCAGAACCUGAUUUGUGAAGGAGAAAGCUGACUAACAGACACCUGAAAAGCAAGCAAGGGGAAGGAAGGUGUUUCAGUUUGAAAAUCCCCCUUUUUAAAAGGCAAAUAUGAAUCUGGUCACAUCUUAGAGACGGGAAUGUUCUGCAUGGAUGGAUGGACGUUCUUAGAAUCGAUAUGCUGACAUUUCACAGAUUCCAAGAUUGUUUAAUGUGGUCUCCACCCAUUUCAUUUGGCUGCAACCUUUGCUCCCAUGAAAGCAAGGCUGAUUGUUCUGAAUUGCUGUGUAUAUGUGCUUUGGCACGGCAUAAAGCACAAUCUCCUCCAAGAGCAGGAAGUCAUAGAAUAGUAAUAAGCAAGGAGAAUUAUCGGCUCAAUCGGGAGGCUUGGACUGAGGACCUCAUCUCCAGCUUCAGGGGACAGGAAGUACCACGAGACCUGGGGCUUCACAUUGCUCUGCAAUGACCAAUCCAAGAGUAACAUUCGUGGGCUAUGAAGAGUCCUGUCAGCCUUCAUCCAGUUUCUAGGUGGCAGAGAGAUAGUGAAACGCUGUGUGGGGCAAGAAAAGCAGUUGCGGGAGCCCUGCGUGUAAACAAAGAUGGAUUGGCUGUGACAGUGUGCCUUAGGUGGGGAGAUCGUUAUUAUGAAGACUUCCUACAGAGCUGGCCUCCACAGGGAACCACUGAAUUCCACAUCUUCGACAUUCCAUCAAGUCAAACGGGCUUCUGGCAUGCACUUAAAGCCAUACCUCAAGUUACAGAAGAAAGAGCGAUCUCUAGAUAUAAGCCAAGAUUCCCUGAGGGGCCUGCAUAUGAACCAUCAAAGGUCAGCACAGGAGGAAAAGUAUACGAACAACUGCACCAAACUGAGCAUUUUACCUACGUCCCCGGUCGUGACUCCAUCUCGAAAGCCUUUGGGAAUUAUUUAUCCUAAUACUAUGUGCAAUAUGAGUGGGAAAGCUCCAGCAGAAGGCCCAAGUGUUGAGAAGAAGAAGAAUGCCCCAACUGCAACAAUCCACCAGGGGGAUGAGGGGGAAGGACCAUUAGAUAUCUGGGCUGUCGUGAAACCUGGGAAUACCAAGGAAAAGAUUGCCUUCUUUGCAGCCCAGCAGUGCAACAACAAUAGGAUGGGCUCAAUGAAACUUAAAAGCACCUGGGAUAUAGAUGGAAGAUCAGCUAAACGAAGGAAGAAAUCCAUGGAUCUUAUAAAAGCAAAGAUUCAGUUAGAAAGGAUGAGAGAGGCAAACAGGAGAUGCACCCAGCCUGAGCCUUUUGCAUGCGGCAUUGAGCACUGUUCUGUACAUUACGUUAAUGACAACGGUGAAGGGAUAUUUCCAGGUCGAUCCUUAUCUGUAAUCGAGAUGGUAGCUUUUCUAGAACACAGAGCAAGUGCUUUGCUGGCCGACUGCACCAAAAACUGCACGAACGCUUCUACUACAAGGCUGAGUGGGCAAUCCAAAGGUGCACUUCCUGCUUCCGACCCUUUCUCUGCCCCUGGGGCCUGCGAGGUACAUUCUGAAAAAGGGACCUGUGGGAGUGGUGAGCAGCAGAACGAGCCUGUGCGUGUGUUGGACAUGGUUGCAAAGCUUGAAUCUGAGUGCUUGAGGCGCCAGAGCGAACGUGAAGCAGGGAGCCUAUCCAGGAACAACAGCUUCCGGAGAAACAUAGGGCGGAUGUUACUGGCGAAUGGCACGCAGUCUGAGUGUGACACUGGGAAGGUAUCUUCCGAAGUCCUUGGCCAGGAGGUAAGUUUAAAAGAUCCCGUUACAGUGGAUGAUGAUGGACAGAGAACAAAGCUUGGCCCUUCGGCUGCUGAUGAAUUAUGGGAAGGAGCUGCUUCUGGUCAGCAGUCCUUGGGGGCAGUAGCAGCUGUGGAUAUCCACAUGGUGAACAUCAGUGUUAAGCAUGAUCAAGAACCCUCAGUGAGACCCAGCAGCAGAGGUGAUUCUGAAAUGAUCGUGGAACCUCUGGGAUCUGUCCCUUCUGCAUGUCCAGUAGCUGUUGGGCUGUCCUCGGAUGCCAUGCAGAGCGAGAGUAUGACUGUUGAUUGUUCAGCUAGAGAACCUGUAUCUAUUCCUAAUCUGAAUUUGCAUCCGACAAGGAGAGAGUCUUUAUCCAUCAGUAUAUUGGUCACCAAGACCGAGAAGGGGUGCAGGAAAGAGCAGCCUUCUAAUUUUAGCUUUGGUGAAGAUCCACUUCCAGGGAGGCUGUUCUUUCUGUAUCCUGGUCACCAAAACAAGCAAGAGCACACAGGGUUAGGGAAAAGUACUAAAGAAAAGCCAGGAGAAGUGGGCCAAACUGGGGAUGCUGCUGAUAAUAAAAUGUAUGAGAGAAAUAGUGCUUCCAUAGAGCCGUUUGCCCUUUCAGUAUCUCCCAUGGAAAGUGCUUUGCAGGUACUUGACACUUCUUGUUUGAAAAGGCAGGUGUCUCAUGACUUUUUGGAGACUCGGUUUAAAAUUCAGCAGCUUUUGGAGCCUCAGCAGUAUAUGGCCUUCCUGCCCCACCACAUCAUGGUUAAGAUCUUCAGAUUGCUCCCCACUAGGAGUCUAGUCGCUCUUAAAUGUACUUGUUGUUACUUCAAAUUUAUCAUUGAAUACUACAACAUAAGGCCAGCUGAUUCCCGCUGGGUCCGUGAUCCACGUUACAAAGAAGAUCCGUGCAAGCAGUGCAAGAAGAAGUAUGUGAAAGGGGAUGUGUCACUGUGCCGGUGGCAUCCCAAACCCUACUGUCAAGCUUUACCAUAUGGCCCAGGGUAUUGGAUGUGCUGUCACAAGUCUCAAAAAGGCAUCCCUGGGUGUAAAUUAGGUCUUCAUGACAAUCAUUGGGUCCCUGCAUGCCACAGCUUUAACCGCACUCUUCACAAGAAAACCAGAGGAGGAGGAGCAGAUGCGGAAGAGGAAUAUUAGUGCACAUACACUUUCUCUUGGGAGGAGGAAAUUUUCAUGCUCUGUGCUGUUUACAGUGUAUAUAAUUGUGUUUUCACAGGGCUAUGAAACUGCACAUACUUAAACACAAGAGCCUUUGCCUUUUAGAUGACAGAUAGCUUUUAGCCCAUCUUUGUAAAUAACACUCUUAAAAACUAAUUGUACAUAUAGAGUCUACAGCUGGCUGAACAACUUAAUCACUACAAUGCAGCUAUGAUAGUGUUGCGGCUAUAGGUGUGUGUUUUUAAGUGUCUUGUUUCAAAAUCUGUAUAUCCUGUAUAAUAUAUGAAUGUUUCUGAAAAGAAACUCUAAAUAGGUAAAGGUUAACUUGGUUAAAGGAUCUUCAAAUGAUUUAACUGGACAACCUUAACAUUAGACUAGAACAGAUAUUUGUUACAGUAGAGUAGCCAUGAACAAAAGAGAGGAUUAUUAUUGGAUAGGCAGAGUAUAAAAAGGUUCUUGUCUCCCUUACCCAUGUUGUCUGGUUAUUUUUUUUUUUUUUUUUUACUUUAAUAAAAUGUGCAUUCUAGAUCUGC